UUUGUCGUGCCACCAUUCCAACCAACCAUCAUUUGAUUGCAUGUUACAGAAUGAGCAAAAAGAACAUAUUUGGAAAGAUGACGUAUAGCCAAAGAUUCAGUACAUCGAGUAACUCUGACUUAUCGGAAGAGGAUGAGGGACUCGCUUCGCUCAUAGCUGACAUUCAGGCAACAUCUGCGUUAAUGUGUCGUUCAGAAAACGAAUCUGACAAUGUGGGACUAGCGCGGUCCAUAUACGGGGCGAGUCGGGAGGCGAGGUAUAUCGAACUGAUGCGCACCAUGCAGUUUGAAACAUUCGAGAUGAUAUCGGAGGACGGGGAGGGCGGGUUCAAGUUCACGGUGCCGUACCACUUCGAGGGCACGGUGCGCGCGGCGGGCCAGCGCUCGCACCCGGCGCGCAUGAAGCGCCUGGCGCAGGAGGCGGCCACCCUGGCCACCAGCCUGCCGCUCUCGUACUCCUCCUCCGUGUUCGUGCGCACCGACACCGACCGCCUGGACAUCAUGAAGGUGCUGGUGUCGAUCCAGUCGCUGAUCCUGGUGCCCGAGCCGUACUUCAACGAGCCGGGGUACGAGCGCAGCCGCGGCACGUGCGUGGGCACCUUGGCCUCGCUCGAGUACAACUCCAACAUCUACCAGGCGUGCGUGCGCUGGGCCAUGCUCGACCAGCUGCGCUCGCCCGAGCCCUGCUUCCGGGAGGUUAUACAGACUCACUUUUGGAUAAAACGGAACGAGAUAAUGCAAACCGUUGCGAACUGGAUCACUGAUCUCGAGGGGCAGAGCGGGGACGAGCGGACACACCGAACCAUCAAUCACAACCUGUGCGCACUCAAGCGGCACUAUGUGAAGCUAAAAGAGGAGCUGGCCAAGUUGCCGGUGCCCGCCGGCCUCGAAGAUCUGGACGAGCCGUUCAAGUUACCGGCCGCGCCCGGCCCCGCGCCGCUGCCCCGCCUGCCCGCCGCCGCCGCGCUGCUGGCGCCGAGCCCGCCCGCCUCGCCGCCGCCGCACGACGACGACGUGGUGGACCAGGACAUGGAGAAGAUCGUGUCCGAGGUGGUGGACUGA